AUGGCCAUCACGGCGCCAACGCUCAUUCGCGGCGAGAUCCUCCUCGCCAUUAUCAUCAUCAUCAUCCUCAUCAUCAUCCCCACGGAGGACCCGCCCGACCUGGACGAAGAGGAGGAGGUGAGCAAGCUGUGGAGCGAGUACGUGGCCAUGGAGACGCGGCGAAUAGAGAUCUACCACCAGCUCGAGCAUCUGGAGGGGCAGGAGGGCCACAAUCCGCUCUUCGCGUCGGCCGACUACCGCACCUACAAGGACACCAUGCUCAGCGAACUCCCCUUGGCCCACAAGCGCCAUCACUACCACCGAAGGCGAAAGUCUGGCGGCAGCCACGCCCCCACCACACGCCUCGCUCGCCGCACUAAGUCUCGCAUUCUCGUUACCGAGACGAUACGGCUGGCGACGCAGCUGACGCCGGAAGCGCAGGCGGGCAUGCUGGCAGGACAGCAAAAGAUGUUGGGCAUCAACAAGGAGCAGCUGUGGGUGGUGUUCGACGCCCUCGUCAACUCCCAACUCCCCGCCAACGAGCGCAUCUCACACAGUUCGGCGUUCAAGUACCUCUUCUGCGGCUUGAACUACCUGGGCUACAAGGUGGAGCCGCUCUACGGCAACGAAAGCCUCCACAAGACCACGCGCAAAGGUGGCGGCGUCAAGCGACUAUCCGGGGUCAUGUGGCGAGACCUGGACGCACCCGAGUCGAAGGACGUGGUCCGCACCAGUCUGGAGUCACUCCAGUCGUACGGGAUCAAUGUGGACAUGGACAAGUUGCGGCUGUUGUUACAGGCCAACACGGAAGCUGAUGCGCUUGCGCCCCACUCGCCGCCCAUGCACACCGGGUCGCCGAUGAUGUACCCACCGGUCAAUGUCCCCAUGGCGUUGCCGGUGGCUGUACCGGCGACGAGUCCCGGCCAUCCGGCGCGGUCGCCUCUCCAGACUGACGUUGCGCCACCGCAUCACCAGCCGCCACAAGAUGAGAUCGUGGCGCAGGGCACCGCCACAGCUGAAACCCUCUCCGCCGACGAAGAUCUCCAGCAGCUCAUCAAGCUCAUGAGCAAGCACGGCAUGAUGGAGAAGCUGCAGCUCCUCAUGCAGCUCAAGAAACCAGACCACUAG